CAUGGAGCAGCCCUGCCGCUAAGGCCGCCCUCCCCGCCCGCCCUGAGGUGGGGGCCCACCAGGAUGAGCAAGCUGUCCCGGGAGGUGGCCGGAGACCUGGAACGCAGCCUGCCAGCUGUGGCCUCCCUGGGCUCGUCGGUGUCCCACAGCCAGAGCCUCUCGUCACACGUCCUCCCUCCGGCUCCGGAGAAGCGCCGGGCCAUCUCUGACGUCCGCCGCACCUUCUGUCUCUUUGUCACCUUCGACCUGCUCUUCAUAUCGCUGCUCUGGAUCAUCGAGCUGAAUACCAACACAGGCAUCCGGAAGAACUUGGAGCAGGAGAUCAUCUACUACAACUUUAAAACUUCCUUCUUUGACAUCUUUGUCCUGGCCUUUUUCCGCUUCUCUGGACUGCUCCUGGGCUACGCUGUGCUGCGGCUCCAGCACUGGUGGGUGAUUGCGGUCACUACACUGGUGUCCAGUGCGUUCCUCAUUGUCAAGGUCAUCCUCUCUGAGCUGCUCAGCAAAGGGGCCUUCGGAUACCUGCUCCCCAUUGUCUCCUUUGUCCUGGCUUGGCUAGAGACCUGGUUCCUUGACUUCAAAGUCCUCCCCCAGGAGGUGGAAGAGAAGCGAUGGUAUCUGGCCGCCCAGGCUGCUGUCGCCCGUGGACCCCUGCUCUUCUCCGGUGCUCUGUCUGAGGGCCAGUUCUAUUCACCCCCAGAAUCCUUUGCAGGGUCUGAUGAUGAAUCAGAUGAAGAAGUUGCCGGGAAGAGAAGUUUCUCUGCCCAGGAGCGAGAGUACAUCCGCCAGGGGAGGGAGGCCACAGAAGUGGUGGACCAGAUCUUGGCCCAGGAGGAGAACUGGAAGUUUGAGAAAAAUAAUGAAUACGGGGACACUGUGUACACCAUUGAGGUUCCUUUCCAUGGCAAGACAUUCAUCCUGAAGACCUUCCUGCCCUGCCCUGCCGAGCUGGUGUACCAGGAGGUGAUCUUGCAGCCCGAGAGGAUGGUUCUGUGGAACAAAACGGUGACCGCCUGCCAGAUCCUGCAUCGAGUAGAGGACAACACCCUCAUCUCCUAUGACGUUUCUGCAGGGGCCGCAGGUGGUGUGGUCUCCCCAAGGGACUUUGUGAAUGUCCGGCGCAUUGAGCGGCGCAGGGACCGAUACCUGUCAUCAGGCAUUGCCACCACACACAGCGCCAAGCCUCCGACGCACAAGUAUGUCAGGGGAGAGAAUGGUCCUGGGGGCUUCAUCGUGCUCAAGUCAGCCAGUAAUCCCCGAGUCUGCACCUUCAUCUGGAUUCUUAACACAGAUCUCAAGGGCCGCCUGCCCCGGUACCUCAUCCACCAGAGCCUGGCGGCCACCAUGUUUGAAUUUGCCUUCCACCUGCGCCAGCGCAUCGGGGAGCUGGGGGCCCGGGCUUGACCAUGCCCCUCACCCGCCCUGCAGGCCAGGGUCCUGUUGCUGCAGCCUCCAGAGCCAGAAGGGGCCAGCUGGGUUCCCCACUGCCCACGCAGGACCUGGCCCCAAGCUCCCCCCUCCACCGAGCCACACUGUGCCUGGAGCCAUCGGAGCAGGUUGUGGGAUGAGCACUUGGACUCUGGACUCUGUGGGCGGUCGGAGGUGGGCUCUGUUCCUCCGAUGUUUACAUGGCUCCCUGCCUCCCAGAGGAGAAGGUUGCUGUCCCAUGCCUUGCCAGGGACAAGGUCUGGGGUGGGAGCCUCAACCUCAGCGGGCGAGGGCCAGGGCCCUGGGCUGGAUGAGUCAGGGCAGCCUGUCACCUGUGUGAGGUGAAGGAGCCGUUGUGUGCCAGCUUACUCCUCAAGGUUUUUUAGGAUUAUUUAAAGGGUCUGGGACCUUUUUCCAUCACAUUUGUCGGGGAGUGGGUGGCAGGUGGGGGGGGGUGCUGGCAGUAAAUCUCUGCCACUCCCAGAUUGUCCCCCUCCUCCCAGUGCCUCCUUGGGAACCUUUGUAAUUUGAGCCAAUUAAAACUCUGAAAAACCCCA